AUGGUUGAUAUCACUGCCGAUAACGCUACUGGUUCUGGUGCAAAGACUGUCGCUUCUUCCAGUCACACCACAACUGUCCCUGCAAUGGCUGCGGCAGAGAAGUCCAAAGUGUUUUUCAGUAUCGACUUUAAGCGUUGGCAACAGAAGAUGUUCUUCUAUUUAACAACACUAAGUUUGCAAAAGUUCAUUACAGACGAUGUACCUGUCCCACCAGAGGAGACUCCGGACAACGAACGAUUUAUCGUGGUUAAGGCAUGGAACCACUCUGAUUUUCUGUGCAAGAACUACAUUCUCAAUGGGCUGGAUGAUGGUUUAUAUAAUGUCUAUAGCGCUUGUAAGUCGUCUAAAGAAUUAUGGAACGCCUUGGACAAGAAAUAUAAAACCCAGAGCGCUGGGUUGAAGAAGUUUGUUGCUGCGAAGUUCUUGGACUUUAAAAUGAUAGAUAAUAAAUCUGUCAUGUCGGAGGUCCAGGAACUACAAGUGAUUACACAUGAUCUGCUUGCGGAAGGAAUGGUAGUCAAUGGAGCUUUCCAGGUUGCGGCCUUUAUUGAAAAAUUGCCUCCUUUGUGGAAGGAUUUUAAAAACUACUUAAAGCACAAACGUAAGAAAAUGACAUUAGAAGAUCUAAUUCCCCUUCACUCCCUUUCUCUCUAG